AUGGUCAUUUCGGCAGAUUUCGACAUCAACUACAAAGUAGAGAUGACAUCAAGGAUCUUAAAUCUAGCCUCACGAAAUAUGAAACUUGCGACGUUGGAUACCAUUUAUGUUCAGCAAGUCAAGGCGGCGGAUGUUGUCAAAAUGGCUACACAUGCACUUCUGGCGAUUAUUGCAUUAAAUCAACCGGCAGCGGCAGUGGCGGCAGUGGCCGUAGUUCACUCGGCAGUACAUCCAUCGAGCUUCUGGGAAUGA